GCUUUGAAAAACCUUUCAUACCAUGCUGAGGUUACAUAAAACUGAAACUGACUGACUUUGCAGCCAACCAUCUUGUGGUAAAUUAGUCAAGUGGGCUUUUUUGCUUUUGAUUUCAGUGUAUCUGAAGCACCAGGAUACUCUAGCAGAUCAGAACAGUGAGCCUUUAUCUGCACACAGCUGGACACCUUCAGACUAUGGACAAGAGUAUAUUAGUGUGCCUUAUCCUCCUGGGCACAGUGAUUCAGAGCAGCCAGGGGUGCUACUGUGAACAUUACCCCUGGGGAUCAUGGUCAAGCUGUUCAAAAACUUGCAAUUAUGGAACCCAGACCAGGCAAAGGCAAAUAAAAUUGGAUGAUUAUUAUACAAAAAAUUUCUGUGACCAAAUGUGCACAAAGCAGGAAUCCCGAGCAUGUAACGAGCAGGCAUGUCCUAUCAACUGUCAGCUUGGAGACUUUGGUCGUUGGUCGGAAUGUGACCCGUGUGUUAAAAAACAAUUUCGUGUCAGGUCCUUGCGGCGCCCAUCUCAGUUCAGGGGACAGGCCUGUACUGAACAACUGGUGGAUUCCCGGAGAUGCUUCCCAACUAAACUUUGCAACAUAGAGGAAGUUGACUGCAGGAAUAAGUUCCAGUGUGAAAACGGUCGCUGCAUUGCCAAAAGUUUGGAGUGCAAUGGAGAGAACGACUGUGGGGACAACUCAGAUGAAAGGGACUGUCGGCGGAAAAAGACCGUGUGCAACCGGAGAUAUGAGAGCAUCCCCAGUGUGCAGUUAAUGGGCAAUGGUUUUCAUCUUCUGGCUGGAGAGAGCCGAGGAGAAAUCCUUGAUAACUCAUUCAAUGGAGGAAAAUGCACAACAGUAAAAAGCAAUGACACAAGGAAAUCAUUUCGUGUUCCUGCAAAUCUUGAGACUAUCCACUUUCAGGUGGAAAAUGAAGAGGAUGAUGUGGCAUCAGAUUUCUAUCAGGAUAUAAUUCCUUUGCACACUGAAUCUGCUAGUGAUAGUUCAUACACUGGCUCUGGAAGAAGCUCUUCUGGGAUCCCAGGUCUCUUCUCAAAAAAGAGACAUGUAAAAAUUACAACAUCUUCUUCCUUCAAGGAAGCCAUUGAAGCCUCAUAUAAAAAGAAUUCCAACUUUAUUAGGGUCCAUAAAGUGAUUGCAGUUUCAAACUUCACAAUGAAACAAUCAGAUCUGCAGCUCUCAAAUAUCUUUCUAAAGGCACUUAACCACCUGCCUUUGGAGUACAACUAUGCUUUAUAUAGCAGAAUUUUUGAUGACUUUGGGACUCAUUACUAUGCUUCUGGAUCAAUGGGUGGCACAUAUGACCUUCUUUAUCAAUACAGUGCUGAAGAACUGAAGAAUUCAGGAUUGACACAGCAAGAAUCGACAGAAUGUGUCCGCGUAGAAACAACUAGGCGUGUGUUUUUCAGAAAGAGAAAGAAAGUACAUACAACGUGCACCACAAAUAAACUGACUGAACGCCAUGAAGGAUCAUUUUUGCAGUCGGCUGAACGGUCUAUUUCACUGGUAAAAGGUGGAAGGGCAGAAUACGCUGCAGCUUUGGCCUGGGAGAAAAAGGGGUCUUUCCCAGAGCAUACAGUAUUCAUAGACUGGGUGGAAUCAACAAAGGACAAUCCUAUUGUGAUUGAUUUUGAGCUGGCCCCCAUCCAGGAUUUGGUGAAGAACUUCCCAUGUGCAGUGACUAAACGGCGCAACCUCAGAAGAGCUCUUAUUGAAUACAUGGACAUAUUUGACCCUUGCAAAUGUGCCCCCUGUCCCAAUAAUGGCAGACCUAUGUUGUCUGGAACGGAGUGUCUGUGUGUGUGUCAGGCUGGAACCUACGGGGAUAACUGUGAGAAACGUGCACCAGAUUACAAAUCAGUUGCAGUAGAUGGUUACUGGAGUUGCUGGUCUGCAUGGAGCUCCUGCGAUGCUGCUUUCAAGAGAAGAAGGACCCGUGAGUGUAAUAAUCCCGCACCGCUGAAUGGAGGGAAGCCAUGCCAGGGUGAACGUGAGCAGGAGGAGGACUGUUACAUCUCAAUGUUUGUGGACAAAGGGGCGCCAUGUAUAAAUGACAAUGAAGCAAGAAAGGAAGUGGAUGUUUUCAUUGGUGAACCAGAGACUGGAUGUCUUAAGCCAUCCCCACCAAAAAAUGGAUUUCUCAGGAAUGAAAAGAAUCAUUAUGCAUUUGGAGAAGAAGCUGAAAUCGCCUGCAUGACUGGAUAUGAUCUCAUUGGCUAUCAGUUCCUCAGGUGUCUACCAGAUCAUACCUGGGCACAGCAGCCUGUUGAGUGCCAAUCAUCAAUGUGCCCUAAACCAUCAGUAUCUGAGGGCGUCACAAUCUCCCCAUUUAAAAAUGAAUACAAGGUCGGGGAAACCAUCCAGCUGCACUGCCCAGCUGGCUACAUUGUCACUGGUGGAAAGCAGUACACUUGUAGGAAAGAGGUAUCAUGGACACCUGCUAUAUUGAGAUCACUUACCUGUGAAAAAGAUGAGCAAACUAAAGCUAGAGGUAACUGCAGCCCAGGACAAAAACAGGUUGGAUCUCAAUGUGUUUGCAUGUCUCCAGCACAUGAUUGUGGCCACUACUCUGAAGAUGUCUGUGUACUACAUGCCAUUUCUGAAAGUCCCUCUACAAAGCCCAGCUGUCAGUAUUUAGCUGAAAAAUGCCUUAAUGAGCAGCCACUCCAUUUCUUGCAUUCUGGCCCCUGUCAUGGCGACACCAACCUGAACUGGGCCAUUGAAAGGGCAAAGCUUUCAACAAGUAGCUCAAAGAAAGAGCUCUGUGGAUAUGACACAUGCUACGACUGGGAAAAGUGUUCAGAGUCACAAUCACAGUGCUUCUGCCUGAUACCCUACCAAUGUCCAAAGGUUCAGAGCCAGCUUUAUUGCAUCCAAAUGGAAUCUACAAGUAGAAAAAGGACAGCCAGUCUCUGUGCAGUGGGAGCAAUGAAAUGUGCCGGCAUGAAAAUAGAAGUACUCCAUCAGGGGAACUGUUUGAAUUAAUGUAUUUGGGCCUUAUGCAGCCAAAAAUAUACUUGGCCUUAUGCUUCAGGCCAUGCAACAUAGGACAGCCUCUCCUGAGGAAAGGUUGGCUGACUACCCAAAUAAAUCAAAACAGCAAAAAGCCCCAGAGCUCUGUGGCUGGGAUUUACAAACUUGCUCAUAGGUUAGUAAGGAUCUCAUGUAAAUGAGCCCUCUACUUCCUACACGCUACUAUGCCUGAUUUUACCUUUGUCUCUCUCUCCACCUUGCAUGUGAAGCACCCCUGUUGGGCUGCAAGAAUUACUCCCAUUGGCUGCAGUAACAUUCUUGUGUUGCUCCUAGAGAGAGGGAUGGCAAUUUUCUUAUUUGCAAAAAGAAAAGGAGGACUAGUCUUUAAGGUGCCACAAGUACUCCUUUUCUUUUUGCAAAUACAGACUAACACACUGCUACUCUGAAAAUUGUCUUAUUAUCUGUUCAAAAUUACCUUGAGCUUUGGGACUGAGGGUCUUUCCUACUAUCAACAGCUUUAGAUUAGUGGUGGGGAGGGGAUUCUGCCCUUUAACCCCUGCGAUGUUUGGGUCCUCUGCCCUAGUUUUUGGAACUCUACCCUCCAAAAUCCUGAUUUGUUGAUGGUUGAGGGCUGUCUCCUCUGUCCCUGUUUUCUCACUGGCUGAGCUCCGUUCUGGAGUUCUCAGACAUGAAGGGGACUCUGGGUGGCCCAGCACCUUUACAUUUUCUUUAAUGAUGGUCCGUCAAACAGAGAGGCACUACCCCCAGUUCUGAAGACUUUAAACAAUGCAAUGAGCAGUAUACAACACUGCCAGGUGCAGUCAUUCCAAAAAUCAUGAGAUUGCUGAACAGUCAGGUAUUUUUUAAAAAAAAUAAAUGUGGGGAUCUCUUUAUUUGCCUUCUGGAGUUUUUUGGGUUUUUUAGCCUCUAAGGAUUCACAGCCUCAAGCUUUUCUUUCCCCCCAGGAGAGCUAUAAACUUGCUUUCAAAACAGAAAGAGCUGAAUUUCUAACAUAAUUGCUUGAUUCUGUGAGCUGAAGCUUUGAGAAAACCAACUAACAUCAUGAGACUUGCCAGUUCUCAACAUUUUAUUGCAACUCUGAUGCAUCAUGCAGUAUUGCUCCUAUAUCUGGCCAUUCAGCUGGGCCAAGUUCCAGACUUCAUCCAGGAACAGAGGCAUGUUUUAGUGGCCACUAAGUCUAAACAUGGCAUGGCAGUUUUGCACCCAAGGAGGUACUAGCUCUAAGAGCAGGGGAGCUGUGAAACCUUAACAACCACUAAGCCAGUAGUGGCUACGUAGAACCCCAGGGGAAGGAAGGGAGGAAUCCUAUGCCAAAAUAGACCAAAAUAUUUUGUUGUGGUGUUAAAAUUUAUAAUAAAGACAA